AUGAAGCUUGACUCUUUCUGUAAGCUCACAAAAAAGGCCGAGUACGUCGACGUGCUGUACAAGCUGUCGCACAUGAACCGGACAACCCCCAUACCCGUUCGACGCAUUCUGGAUCUGUACAGGGAAGGAAUGCUGCCGGGAGGGCUAAACUACUACAGAGCAAUCCUCAAAAAGCGAAACAUUGUGUGUGUUUCCAUUCGAGAGAGCCUGCACCGAAUAAUGAGCGAGGGCGGGUCCACGCAAAUCGACAUCACCGAGUACAGGGAGCUCUACAGGGCCAACCUCUUCACAGACAAGGAGAUGCUUGAGAUAAUGAAAGAAGUCUCCAAGGCACACCCGAACGAGAUGUAUAGGGCGCUGGAGUGCACAAACAGUUUUGCGAAAGAGCUUCUUCGGCUGAUUUCCACCGCAUACUCGGAAAGCGUGUGCGUUAUUGCAAGGGCUAUGCUGGAGGAAAAUGUGGGCUGUCUGCUGGAGUACAUAAACAGCACGCACAAGUCAAAAAUACUGAAAUAUCUGGUAAAGGACAACGAAGGGAUAGAGUAUCUUAAGAAGAAUGUUUUGGCCAGCCUCACGCACUCCGUUAGCACAGUGGAGGACAUGCGGGAAAUGAUUGACCAGACCAUCACUCUGCACAUAGCCCUGUGCAAGAUCGACUUUACGCUGGUUCUUCUGGCGCCUGUUAUCGGGUACAUCAAGAAAGACCUCUCCGCAAAGCUGGAGAGCUUUGGGUGCGACCUGGCUGCCGAGGCUCUGUUUUCUGUGGUUUCGCAGAGGGCGUGCGACGUCAUAAAGAACGCAGAGGAAAUAGGAAAAGAGUGCGAAAACACGAAGUUUCAGCUGCAGGGGGACGUGCUGGACUUUCUUCUGUCUUUGCUGCCGUACGACAGCCUGAUACAGACGCUUGCGCUGAGCAUAUCAAGAGACUGCAUCCUGGCCCGGUCCAACAGGAACAAGCUGAUCCGGAUUUUAGAGGACAAGCUGGGGUUCUACAGGACGUCCAGCAUAGGCAUCAUAAAGAAGGAUUUCCAGUACUUCUCGUCCACACAGGUGCCAGAAAAGCAGAUAUACCGCGACGUGGUGAGUGGGACGUGCAUACCCGAAGAGCUGUUUUCCCAGGGAGGCCUUGGGAUGGAGCACUUUGUGGUUUCCGAGCACUACUGGCCGGAAAGCAGCCACCAGUCAUGGGAGGACCUGAUGACCGCGCAGGACGUCCCCUCCAGCAUACAGAAAAUGCAUGGAGCCGCCCCAAAAAAGCUUGACGAGGUCUCCCUGGAGUACACAAACAAGCACACAUAUCUAGACAUAACAGUAGAGCAGCAUGGUACCUCUGUUGACAUCUCCGUGCCCAUCCAGUAUGUGGAGUAUCUGUACAGCACGAAAAAUAUGUCUGAGCAGGAGGUUUGCGUAAUCCGAGAGUUCUGGGCGGAGCUGGAAAAGACUGCCCAGAGAAAACAAUGUAACUAA